GAGACUAUGAGUGCCGCCACCUCUGCUAAGCAGCAGUGUCCACACCUGACAUUGCCGUCGUCACCUCAUGGCAAUGGAGCGGCGUUGACUACCCACACAGCAGCCUCGGCGUUCCGACGCCGACCGAAUUUGCGCACCUUCUCGUCCUUCGUCUACGUGUGCGCGGCGUCUGUGACGGACCCACCGGGUUUCGUACUUGCGGUGCUGCUGCUUCUGGUGCUGUUGGCGACGGCGUGCAGUCCGCAGCCUGCGACGGCCCCGCCAGCAGCUUCGGCGAUGGUCAUGUUCGACACCAUGGACCGCGUCUGCAACGGACUCUCGCUGCUUAUCCACCGGAUCUCCAUGCAGAUGGACCAGAUGGAUCAAGUCUCGCCGUGGAUCCGCAUCAUCUCGUACCUGAUC